AAUACACAUGCUUGGUUCUCUAGUUUGCUUCCUACUUCCUGUACGCGCUCAUCGCCCUUCGGAAGCGUGCUUCUCUCUCUGAGCGAUAUACAGCCAAACACAUUGAGAGAGAUAAGGAAGGGCCCCUCAGAUACUCCCUCCAUUUCUCGCUGUGUAAAUCACAUCAGACGUCGUCAGAUUUGUGUCGGAUUGUUUUGGCGAUUCACUUGCAAUGGCUGCAGCUAUGACUGUCUCUUCCACAGGUCCGCGAUAUGCACCCGAGGACCCCACGCUUCCCAAACCAUGGAGAGGCCUUGUUGAUGGUAAAACUGGGUACCUUUACUUUUGGAAUCCUGAGACGAAUGUCACUCAAUAUGAGAGGCCUACAGGGUCAGUUCCUCCUAUUAGUUCUUCUGUAUUAGUUCAACAAUCUUCUCAAGGACAGCUUUGUGGCUACAGUCCUGAUGACAAUGGUAGUUAUGGCAGGGGCAGCAAUGGUGGGUCAAAGCUCGAGGUUGAGUCAAGGAUGCAGCAGAAUACAAGAGGUGAAACUGUCCAUUCCAGUAAUAUUGCAAAUGGGACACUUGGUGCUGGACCUGGUGGAUCUUCUACACGAGUACAUGGAGCUUCAGAUAUAGGAGUUGGUUUUUCUGCAGAGUCUUAUCGUCGCCGGCAUGAAAUAACUGUUUCUGGUGAUAAUGUGCCUCCACCUUUUAUGUCAUUUGAAGCUACUGGCUUUCCAUCUGAGAUUCUUAGAGAGGUACACAAUGCUGGGUUCUCUGCCCCAACUCCGAUUCAGGCACAAUCAUGGCCGAUUGCUCUUCAAAGUAGUGACAUAGUGGCCAUUGCUAAAACCGGUUCAGGGAAAACCUUGGGUUACUUGAUUCCAGGAUUUAUUCAUCUCAAGCGCUGCCGUAACAACCCUCAAUUGGGUCCAACUGUGUUGGUUUUGUCGCCAACUAGGGAGUUGGCAACACAGAUACAAGAUGAAGCUGUGAAGUUUGGAAAGUCAUCAAGAAUUUUGUGCACGUGUUUAUAUGGAGGAGCUCCAAAGGGACCCCAGUUGAGAGAUAUAGAAAGAGGAUCAGAUAUAGUGGUUGCUACCCCUGGUCGCUUGAAUGAUAUUCUGGAGAUGAAGAGAAUUAGCCUUCAUCAAGUUUCUUACCUCGUGCUUGAUGAGGCUGAUCGCAUGCUCGACAUGGGUUUUGAACCUCAGAUAAGGCAGAUUGUAAAGGAGGUGCCUCAUCGCCGCCAAACCCUCAUGUAUACAGCAACAUGGCCAAAGGAGGUUCGGAAAAUUGCAGCAGAUCUGCUCGUCAAUCCUGUUCAGGUUAACAUCGGCAAUGUGGAUGAGCUUGUCGCGAACAAGUCCAUCACACAGCAUGUUGAAGUAUUGGCACCCAUGGAGAAACACAGGCGAUUGGAGCAGAUACUGCGAUCUCAAGAACCAGGAUCAAAGAUAAUCAUCUUUUGUUCAACCAAGAAGAUGUGUGACCAACUUGCCCGCAAUCUUACCCGCCAGUUUGGCGCUGCUGCCAUUCAUGGAGACAAAUCUCAGGGUGAGAGGGAUCAUGUGUUGAGUCAGUUUCGAAAUGGUAGGUCUCCAAUUCUUGUAGCCACCGAUGUUGCUGCUCGAGGACUGGACGUCAAGGACAUCAGGGCGGUUAUCAACUAUGAUUUCCCUACAGGAGUAGAGGAUUAUGUUCAUAGGAUUGGGAGGACGGGGAGGGCAGGUGCCACAGGUCUGGCUUUUACAUUCUUUGGUGACCAGGAUGCCAAAUAUGCUUCAGAUCUCAUCAAAGUUUUGGAAGGGGCGAAUCAGCGAGUCCCCCCAGAAAUUCGUGAGCUGGCAUCCCGUGGUGGUGGGAUAGGUAGGUCAAGACGUUGGGGUUCUGGUUCUGGGUUCGGUGGUCGUGAUGGGGGCCGUGGUGGACGUAAUGAUUCAGGUCAUAUUGGAAGAAGUGGAGGCCGUGGAUAUGAGCAUGAGUCACAUGAGAGGUAUGAUCGUGGUUACAGCUAUGGACAAGAUAGAGGUCGCAGUCGCAGCCCCAGCCCUAACAAGGGUUCUGCCUGGGGUGAACGCAGUAAAGGUUGGAACCGUGAUCGUAGCCGUAGUCGUGACCGCUCCCCAGUGCGCAGUUUUCACCAGGCAAUGAUGGAACGAGGGAGGUCAUCCCCACCACAUCAACAGCAGCGUGUGCCACCUUACAACAGUGGGAAUGCAAGGGAACCCAAGGGUUCACCACAGGGGUGGGGCAGAUCCUCGGGUGGUGGGCAGGAUGAUGGAAGAUUUGCCAAUGGACCUCACUCUUCUUAUUUUGGAGAAGAAGAGGAGGAAGGCUUGAUACCUCAGGAUGAGGUUGACAAGUAGAAGGUGCUCAUCGUUUCUCUUGAGCAAUACUUAUAGUUGGGGUUAAAACGGGUUGAGCAUGCCUUCUGCGCAUUUUAACUUUUUGUUUGUGUUGUAAGUGGAAAGUAGUAUGUGCUAUAAGUAUAACAAGGCCGAAAAGGGUGUGAAGUUGAAUUUUGUUGGGUUGUCUUCAGAAUAGUUCGAGGGGGUGCUAAAAGACCUAACCGGAUCCCUUUUUAACUUGGACAACGUAAUUAGCAUUAGUUUUUAGUAUUCUGUACGCAAGAAAGGGCAAGGAAAAGCACCACACAACGAAUGUUUUGAGGUAAACAUGGUGACCUCAAUACUCAAUGGUAUAGUUAUUUGUUAUUGCCUUAUUUAAUGGUCUGGUGUAGUCAGUGUGAGAAUUUGAAACCCAGGAACCUAUGAAUGUUAUAUCACUCGCUGUUUCUAGUGUAAAAAAGGAUUCACGUUUGGGGGCGACUGUGCCAUCUUUUAUA